AUGAUUAAACAUAUAAACCUCUUUUUUGUUUUUGCCGCGGUCUUUGCUUCAAUUUUCGCUUCCGUAAAUGGAGCCAUUGUAGCAAAACGAGAUCCGUAUGAAGUUGAUGCAGCUGUCGAAUUCAAUCACAAUGCUCCAAAUUGUGAGAUAGAUGGUCAAGUCCUCUUCUCCCAAUUUGAAGACGACUAUGUUAGAAUUUCAGGUUUAUUCUGGGGUGGAUUUUACUGGUUGGAUCCAGGCUCCUAUCGUUUUCAAAUCUGGACCGAGAAGAAUACAGGAGGCAUUCUUGAAGUAAAAUUGAACCCAGGAUUUUACGUUUAUGGCAAUGGUGGUACAUCUCAAUUUGAAUUAUACUCAUCUGACAUUACACUUGAUAAUAUUGGUUAUCCGGACGCUGAAGACGUUUCUGGUCUGUGGUUAAGAAUUUAUCAUGAUACUAUUUUAUUAUGUAGCGCAAGAAUAAACAUUCAGUAA